UCCUACAACAUCGUGGCCCACUUCCAUGCUGUGCUAGUCUGUGUUCUAAGUACCAUGGCUUCCUCUUCGCCAUCCGAAUCACUCCAACGAGAUCUUGCCGUCGCUAAGGACGAUCUCCUCCGCAUGAUAUUCCGGAUGAUUACACAAAGCCCAGACAGACCGUUCAUGUGGAGAAAUCAGUGGGCGGUGUUCAUAAUGGCGAAAGAAACCGACGACAUAAUCCAUCGGGAUUGGUUGUUACAAAAGCUUCGUGACAGUAGCUACGCCGUGUUAUUGAAAGAGGGCAGUGAGUAGAACUCUAAUCUGGCGGCCUAGCUAUCGAGUAAUCCUUGCUCAAGCCCUGUUGCCACAAGAGCAAAGCUUCCUGACAGGUGCGCUGAUCCUAGAGGAAUCCUUCGUAAUGAGAG